AGCUUCCUCAACAACCAGUGAGCUGGUGCAAAGUAGAGGCUGUAGUCCCCAAACCUGACCUCCUUGAAGUAGCAAGUCAACAGGAUCCACCCCCGCCUAUGGUUGUCAUGAGCCUCAGUUUUCGGACAAUGUUGAACACCAAAACUCACACACAUGAGAUCUUAGCUGUGUCAGCUCUGGUUCACCAUCAAGUGUCAUUAGACAAAGCUGCACCCAAACAGAAGUUUCACUAUCAUUUCUGUGCUGUAAGUAAACCCAACGAUCAGAUGUAUCCUUACGACUUUAGAGAUGCUGUCAAAAAGAAGCAAAUAAACAUGGAGAUUACGACAUCAGAGAGGGCUCUUUUAGGACUCUUCAUGGCCAAGAUGCACCGAAUUGACCCGGAUGUACUUGUGGGUCAUGAUAUCUACGGCUUUGAUCUCGAUCUUCUGUUGCACAGAAUCAGUGCUUGUAAGAUUCCCCAUUGGUCUCGCCUUGGACGACUGAAGAGAAGCGUUAUGCCCAAGCUUUCUAAUGGUGGACCAGGCAGAAACAGCAGUCUUCUAGAUCGUUCCGUAACUUGUGGACGGAUGGUGUGCGAUGUGAAGAUCUCGUCAAAAGAACUCAUACGAUGCAAGAGCUAUGAUUUGACAGCAUUAUCGUGGGCUGUUCUUCAAGCAAGAAGAGAAGAGUUUGAUCAAGAUGAAAUACCAAACAAAUACAACUCCACGCGGGAACUGCUUCAUAUGUUUGAACUCACCUCGAUGGAUGCAUUGUUAAUCUUAAGGAUCAUGUAUGAUUUAAACGUUUUGCCCCUGGCUUUGCAGAUAACAAACAUUGCUGGAAAUGUUAUGGCUCGAACGCUUCUUGGUGGCCGGUCAGAGAGAAAUGAAUUUCUUUUGCUUCACGCCUUCAACGAAAAGAAUUUUAUCUGUCCAGAUAAAAGUUACGGCAAGAAACAAGUGGUCGAGGCAGACCACGAUGAAGACGAGCAACCUUCGAGUUCCAAGAAAGGACGAAGAAAACCAGCGUAUGCUGGAGGACUGGUACUAGACCCUAAGAAAGGUUUCUACGACAAGCAUAUCCUGUUGUUGGAUUUCAACAGUUUAUACCCGUCGAUCAUACAGGAAUACAACAUUUGCUUUACAACAAUCAACAGAACAAGCUUCAAAUCCAAAGGGCAAGCGGAGGAUGAUGAAAUGGUCGAGUUACCUGAUCCCGACUUAGAACCUGGCAUUCUGCCUACUGAGAUCAGGAAAUUGGUGGAACGAAGGAAACAGGUCAAAGGAAUGAUGAAAACUUGUGCUCGGGAUUCAGAUCAGUAUCUCCAGUAUGAUAUCAGACAAAAGGCGUUAAAGCUCACUGCAAACAGCAUGUAUGGCUGCUUAGGAUUCUCUCAUUCACGCUUUUAUGCCAAGCCACUGGCUGCCCUCGUUACAAGCAAGGGAAGAGAGAUUUUGCUUAAAACUAAGGAUCUGGUUCAAAAUUUGGGUCUCGAUGUGAUUUACGGAGACACAGACUCGAUCAUGAUCAAUACAAAUACUACAGAUCUGGCUGAAGUGCGCAAGAUUGGAAACAAGGUGAAAAAUGAGGUCAACAAGCUUUACCGGUUAUUGGAGAUUGACAUUGAUGGUAUAUUUAAGUCCAUGCUGUUACUAAAGAAGAAAAAGUACGCUGCCAUCAGUGUUUCAGAGAAUGAGGAUGGAACGUUAAACGAAGUCAAGGAAAUGAAAGGUUUGGACAUUGUGCGAAGGGACUGGUGCGAUCUCGCCAAGGAUUCUGGCAACUACGUUCUGGCUCAGAUCUUGUCAUCGCAACCCCGUGAAACGAUUGUGGAGAAUAUUCACGACUAUCUUAUAUCAGUCGGAGAGAAUGUUGCCGAAGGCAAAGUGGACAUUCAGAAGUAUAUCAUAAACAAGCAACUGACUAAAUCUCCUCAUGACUACCCCGACAAAAAGUCACUCGCACACGUCAAUGUGGCCUUGCGGAUGCUAAGUAAGGGAAGGAAAGUCAAUGCUGGAGAUACCAUACCUUACGUCAUUUGUGACGAUGGUUCGUCGCUGGCUGCCACUCAACGGGCCUACCAUCCGGAUGAAUUCUGCAAGUCUGAUUCACUGAAAAUCGACGUUAAGUAUUAUCUGGCAAAUCAGGUUCACCCUGUUGUGUCUCGUUUGUGUGAUCCUAUCGACGGUACGGACGCCGCUCACAUCGCACAGUGUCUCGGUUUGGAUCCGUCCGGUUACCGUGGUAACACUGGGCUGCAUGAUGACGAGAAUGACGCCUUGCUUGGUGGCCAGGCCCAAAUGACAGAUGAGGAGAGAUUUAAGGACUGUGAACGGUUUAUUGUGAAAUGCAAGCGUCCGGGCUGUGGUAGAGAAACGACUCUUGAAGUACUGUUUAAAAAUACUUCCGACCCAUUUGGCCUCAAUGACACUUGUCCCGCAUGUAAAACACAGUAUAGUGCGGGCGCUGUUUCAAACCAACUCACAAUUGCCAUGCGCAAACAUAUUAAGGAGUACUACAUGGGCUGGCAGAAAUGCGAUGACCCGUCGUGUGGUUACACAACUCGCCAAGUGCACUUGGCAUUUCAGCGGGGUGCCCCUAUGUGCACGACCUGUUUCAGGGCUCAUUUACAUCCAGCGUAUUCAGACACAGCGCUGUACACACAGCUCUUGUAUUACUCCCGCCUGUUUGACUACGACCACGCCCUCAAGAAUUCCAAGGAAGAAGUAAAGAAACUGCCCUCCGAUAAGCGCACUUUCUACACCGCUGUUCACUCAACAGUUUUCAAAGUUCUGAACGCCAACGGUUAUUCUGAAGUGAACCUUUCCAAACUGUUCAGUGCUUUCUUCGUGGGAGAUAAAUAACUUAGAGAAGCUUUCGAGUAGCUUAAGGUCGUUUGGGUUUUUCUUGCGAAUUUGUCGUGUUAUAUUUUUGGUUGAGAGAAAACAGAACGCGCAGCGUGUUCUCGCGCUUUCCAAUCAUAAGUGGGUGAUAUGUUUUGUCGCCGUGGUCACAACUAAUUCAUAUCUACGAGAAGACACAAUCUCUUUGUACAUAUGUAGUGUAUUUUUGUUCUUUAGGUCAAUCGUUUGAAUAAAUUUUUCCCUUGUUGAAUUCUUUUGCAUUCAAAACCUCGCCAACUUAUUGUCUUUGACGUACAAUUCCUAAAUGUUAUGAUAAAAUGCUUGCCGUGUUGUAGUUUACACUAGAGAUCGAGUGUGAAAAAUACUGAGAAGUUAAUCAAUGCUUUACCAUACUGUAACUUCACUUUGAAAGAUUGAAUAAAAGUAGUAGUUCCUUAAUGAUA